AUGCCUACUUAUAUUGGGGCUAUUGACCAAGGAACAACUUCUACUCGAUUUCUCAUAUUCGAUAAUACCGGUACCUUGGUAACAUUUCAUCAGCUUGAAUUUGAGCAGAUCUAUCCACGUCCAGGAUGGGUUGAACAUGAUCCUUAUGAUUUACUGGAUUCAGUCAUUCGUUGUGCCGAUGAAGCAGUGAGAAAAUUUGGUAUGAUGGGUCAUGACCUAAACGACUUAAAAGCUGUUGGAAUUUGUAACCAAAGAGAGACAACACUUGUUUGGGAUCGCAAGACGGGAGAACCUCUUUAUAAUGCCAUUGUCUGGGGCGACACACGUACAAACACUCUUGUGAAAGAAUUGGCAGAGAAGCAAGGUGAUUUGAACAUACAGGAAGUGUGUGGUUUGCCGCUUCAUAGUUAUUUCUCAGCUGUCAAGUUACGUUGGCUUAUGGAUCGAGUACCCAAGGUAGCUCAUGCAGUAGAAAAGGAGCGUGCUUUGUUUGGUACUGUAGACACUUGGUUGAUUUGGUCGCGCGAAUGGGAUCAACGUCUUUUGGAUUUCUUUGGCGUUCCAUCGCAUAUGCUUCCCACCAUCGUUUCCUCUGCAGAAAACUAUGGUAACAUGCAAUGGGGUCCAUUAGAGGGUGUGCCUAUCAUGGGUUGUUUAGGUGAUCAACAGGCUGCUUUAGUAGGACAGAAAUGCUUUCAAGUAGGAGAAGCCAAAAACACAUAUGGUACAGGUGCCUUUCUAUUAAUGAAUGUGGGCGAUUCACCGGUGAUUUCACGACAUGGAUUAUUAUCGACCAUUGGAUAUCAAUUUGGUCCUGAUGGCCCAGUAUCCUAUGCUCUUGAGGGAUCCAUCAGUGUAGCCGGUGCUGCUGUCAAAUGGCUUCGAGACAACAUGGAAAUCAUAAAGACAUCAGACGAUAUUGACAAAUUAGCAGCCAAAGUGAAAUCAACAGGCGGCGUCUUCUUUGUCACUGCUUUCUCUGGGUUGUUUUCGCCUUAUUGGCGUGACGAUGCUCGAGGUACUUUGGUUGGAUUGACACAGUAUACAAACAAAUGCCAUGUUGCAAGAGCCACUUUAGAAGCCGUCUGUUUUUCGACCCGUGCCAUUCUAGAAGCCAUGAAAGCAGAUGGUGAUGUCUCUCUCAAAAUACUGAAAGCAGAUGGCGGUAUGUCAAAUUCUGAUCAAUGCAUGCAAAUACAGGCAGAUGUGUUGGGUAUUCCUGUCAUUCGUCCUGGUAUGCGUGAUUCAAGUGCACUUGGAGCAGCCUACGCAGCAGGUUAUGCAGCAGGUAUUUGGAAAAAGUUAGAAGAUAUAAAGUCAGUUGACAGAGAAGAUGUGUUUCAUGCCAAAUGGGAUAAUGAAGCCCGUGAACAAAAAUACAACCAAUGGGAAGAAGCUGUCCAAAGAAGUUUCGGAUGGACUGAUGUGUAUACACCUGCUGAUACUUUAAGCUACUCUUAA